CAGAGUUGCUGCAACUGCAGCAACAAUCAGAAGAGCGGGCCAGUCUCUCGAAACAUAGCACCACCAAAAAAACACGUCCACCACGGUCCGCCGCUCGACAUCUCCCGCGAUUCCCCUCCCCCCUGCCCCUCCCCCUCCUGCUCCCCAGCGAUUGAGGGUUUGACGACCGACCGAAUUUUUGAACGAGACAAGAGACGAGAACAAAACCCGAGCCCCGAGCUCCGAGCUCCGACAUUCGAGUUUAAACGCGAAGCUCCAAGCAGUGAAUGGCCGCCAUGGCCUCAGAAGGCGGCAGCGACCAGGCGCCGCGCCUGCCCAUGCCGUCACGCAACCCACUACCGUUGUCAGCGUCUCAGGAGGCCCAGAUCCGAGAUCUAUUCUACCAGCGUGUGCGGAAGAAGUGCGCGGCCGAGAUCAAGGCCUUUGCCGACUGCGCCAUGAACCGCACCUUCACGGCCGGCUUCGCCUGCCGGGAGCCUCACCGGAUCAUGAACAGCUGCAUGAAGGCGCACGCGACGCAGGAGGAGCAGGACGCCGCGCGCGAGGAGUGGUUCGCGCGCCGGAUGGAGCGCGCCAAGGAGCGCGAGCGCCGCGCGCUCCGCAAGGCCGAGCAGGAGGCCUUCCUGCGCGAGUGGUGGGGCCUCCCGGAGAAGGACCGCGAGGCCGCCCGCAAGGAGAUGGAGAGGCUCGCACAAGCCGAGCGCGUCGGCGGGUUCCCCGCCGCCUCGAGGAGGGCGGUGGCCAACCAGCCGGCGGCGGCGGCGGCGGCGAAGAGGGAGGGUGGUGAAAAUAGCAAUAACAGUCAAAGUCAGCGGCAAGACGGGACGGGGCAAGGGAGGUGAUGAUGAUCAUGAUGAUCAUGAUGAUGACAGCUGCUGCUGAGAGGAGCUGAGGCGGGGGAAGAGAGAGAGAGAGAGUGGAGGAAAACAAGAGGGGAGACUGCGGGAGAAGCAGUACUUCCUGCCACCCUCGCACCUCUUUACAUGGUGAUGAGAAGCU